ACACAAAAUAAUGACGAAUGCAGCGUUCGUGUAAGGGAGGUCGACUCAACAUUGACAAGUCACGAACGCUGGAAACUGUGUUGUGCAGAAUCGGACUCGGAAGCUGUAAUUUUGGUGAUUACAAGAACAAAACAUGAAGUACUAUGAAGAAGCUCAGGCGUCUGAGGACAAACGUCCUUGUGCUGGCAUCAGGGAGGAUUUGAAGGCUUGUCUAUUAGCCACAGAGUGUGUCAGGGUGCAUAGGAAGACUCCAAGAGAAUGUCUUCUGUCCAAUGACCCUUCUGUGCCACAAGAAUGCUUUGCACUUAGAACUACUUUCUUUGAAUGUAAACGAUCACUGCUGGAUACCCGUCAGAGAUUUAGAGGACGUAAAGGUUACUAAUAAUCCCAUUACCAUAUAUGUUAAUACUUCAUUUGUAAAUAAAUUUUUCUUAGUUUUUUAUAUAAGCUUGCAGUUCUUAGUAUCCUCAUAAUGAAUAUGUGCAAAUGGCAGAAGCUCAUCUAAUUUAAAACAUGAUGGAGAAGGAUAUAUGGUAAAUGACACCUGACAAUAUCAUGAGUGGUCCUAUUCAGUUUAUGAUAUAUGAUAUGAACAACAAACGCCAAAGUCCUAAGUGAGGAAGUCAUCAUUUAGUUUUUUUUCCUCAAACAAUACUUUGCAAUUAAUGUUAUGGGUUUGAAUAUUAUCUUCUAGUUUAAAGACUUGAUUGUUAUAUAUGUGAUAUAAUUUUUUCCAACAUAGCUUUAGUGUAUUUUCAAAAUGAGAGAAAAAGUGUAUUUACAUUUAUGUAGGUCUGAAUUUGUGUACGUAAGUUAUCAAUAAAGAUGUAUUGUAAAUAAGCUAAA